AUGGUCAACAUAGAACAAUUCAGCAACCAACUCAGCCCAAUCACACAAAUCAAGGGAAAAAAACCAAUAUCGAAAGCUCACAACAACACACAAGAAAGAAGAAGAAGGAUAGUUCUGUUGGAGGAGGAAAUCAAUAGGCUAUAUAGAAUUAGGAAGACGAUGAUGCAGAUGUUGAGCGAUAGGGAUUACCUUGUUGAGGACUUAGAGAUUAAGAUGUGUAGAGAAGAAUUUAGAAGAAAAUAUGGCAAGAACAUGAAGAAUGAAGACCUUAUCAUCAAGAAAUACAAGGAGGAUAAUUCUUCUGACCAAAUUUAUGUCUUCUUCCUCGAAGAAGCUAAGGUUGGUGUCAAGACCUUGAAGACUUACACCAAUCGAAUGAACUUCGAGAAUGUUUUCAGGUUUAUCAUGAUUUGUCAACAGAAUUUAACACCUUUUUCCCGCACUUGUAUCAAUGAAGUUUCUGCAAAAUUUUACUUUGAGGUUUCCCAAGAAAUAAAAUUGUUGAUCAACGUAAAAGAACAUGUUCUUGUCCCUAAGCAUUAUAUUACUGAUGUAGAAAACUCAGGUAAUGAUUAG